AUGGAGUCCUCUUGUUGGGACAAGGUCCCCCCAGGAGAAAGGAGCCCCCAGCAGGCUCAACACUGGAGGUUGGGGGUGGGUUGUGCUGGGGAGGCCACGCGGGGAGGGCUGUUCCCUGUUCCCUUCCCCUCAGGAGACAGCUGGCCCGAGGUGACACAGCACUGGAUGCAAUUUCAGAGUCAGGGACCACGGUGCCCAGAGCUGUGGACCACGCCAGCCCACAGCCACUGUGUGCCCCAGAAUGGGGCUGUGGACCACGCCAGCCCAUAGCCACUGCGUGCCCCAGACCAACACGAGAAGAGCACAGGCCGACAACAUCUUCGUCUAUGGGCGAGUGCCCUGUAUGAGACUGCCCUGUCCCCCCCGGGCAUGCCGCACAUCAGAGGCGCGAUUCUCUCCGAAACCCUCAGUGGCUCCCUAGUAUCCGACAGAAGAAUCAAAACUGUGGCAGGCCUGCGAUGGCUGUGGUUGAGGAAAGAGGCCACACCCACAGCCAGUAGAACCACGCUCAGCAGCAGCCUAGCCCCGCGUGGAAGAGGCGUGAACACUCUCGGGAGAGGUGGAUGCGCACUAACCGUUCCCAGCUCUGAUCUCUUUGAUUCACUGAAUAUGUGGGCAGUGUGGUCUGCAGGGGCGAGACCCCUGGGGCAGCCCUACCCCAGCAUGGCGCUGGCCGUCACCAACGCAGGCCAGCAGGACCCUGGAACAGCAGAGGUCCCGCAGCUCCUCCCUGGACGCGGGGCUACGGUGGAGGAAGGGAGCGCGGCUGCCAGUCCCACCUACUGGGAAGGUGAGAAGAAAGCAAAAGGCAUCACUCCCCACCCGCGAAAGUCUCCCAGCAUCCCCGGAGAAGCGAACGAGAAGAACGGCGGGUCUGCGCUCAGAGCCGGUGAGGAGCAGGGAGGAGCAAACGGCUUCGGGGAGAGCCUGAACUCCCACAUCCCAGGUGUGGCUUGCCAGGGAGCACAGAGAAAGGAUGCAGGUCCCAAGAAGGAGGAGGCGCAGGAGGACGACGAGAGAGACAAGAGAGACAAGAGAGGCCGCCCAGCAGCGGGCUGA